GUAAACGACCAAUAAUCAACCACCACGUAUAUUCGGACGCUUGGCUUCCGCAAACUAAAGACUGGACAGCUAUUAUUUGUAGUGGAUAUUAUAGCACAGCUAUGGACCUCUCUGCUUGCAAAAAGCUAAGCUGCUAACUUCUGUUUCUGCAAAGAUAGGGUCCAGAAUGUUCGAGUGGCCGGUGAAUGCAAAUAUCAGCCAAACAUGUCAUUUUACAGACAACAAGCUUGUAUUUCUCACCUGUUGAGAUACAGAUUCACACUGUUACUUCUAAAGCAAGAACUAUUCUAGUCCAACAAACAUAGCCUAGACUUACAUCAACAGAUAGCGAACAAGAGAUUUGCAAGAUAGUACAAAGAUUGUUGUUGCAUGUUAUCAAUGACUGAGAGGUCAAAGGUCAAAUUGAUGUUAUACAAUGAUAUACAAACUCUGUUCUAUGAGCCAUGUGCUGUUUCAAAAUGGCAUCCAACUUGAGGCCAUGCAGUUAUAAUCAGUACGACAAAAGCUGCUUAGAGAAAGCUAUAUCUGAGCUUGAGAAAGGAACUAUUCCUAGUGUGCGAAGAGCUGCUUUAUUAUACGGUAUACCGAGAUCGACUCUUCAUGACCAUUUUAAGGAAAAAGUUGCGCCUAAUGCAAAGCCUGGACCUGCACCAUAUCUCAGCAUUGAGGAAGAGGAAGAAUUGUCGAACUUUCUUGUUAAAUGUUCAAGAAUAGGAUACCCUAAGACAAGGCAACAGGUUCUAGGAAUUGUUCAGGAAAUUGUUGGCAAACGGCGUCCAGAUGUAUGUGUAACAAAUGGAUGGUGGGAGAGAUUUUCGAAUCGUCACCCAAAUAUUUGUUUGAAAACUUCAAUACCCCUCUCUUAUGUCCGUGCCAUGGCAGAAGAUGAGGGAUCACUGAAAGGUUACUUUGAUCUGCUGGAAACAACACUGCACGAGAAUGAUAUUUUUGAUCAUCCUAGUCAUAUAUAUAAUUGUGACGAGACGGGCAUGCCUCUCAAUCCCAAGCCUUUAAAAGUUGUUAGUGAAAGAGGUGCCAAAAAUCCAUCAAAUAUCUGUGGCUCCACAAAGAACCAAGUAUCGGUUUUAGCCUGCUCAAGUGCCACUGGACAUACGCUUCCCCCUUACAUAAUUUUAGCACGAAAAACUUUGAACCAAGAGAUUACAUUUAAUGAAGUACCUGGAUCUAGGUAUGGUCUCUCCACCAGAGGAUGGAUGGAUAUGCGUUUGUUUAGUGAGUGGUUUACAGUUCAUUUUUUGCCUUAUGCUCCUUCUGCUCGACCUUUACUACUCCUAAUGGAUGGCCACAAGUCACACUUCUGUCCUGAAAUGAUAAAAAUGGCAGCAAAGGAAGGUAUCGUACUUUUUGCUCUCCCCCCUCACACUACUCACUUGUGUCAACCCCUUGACAAAGGUCCUUUUGCGCCUUUAAAAAUCGAAUGGAGAAAAGUUGUGCAUAAAUUUAUAUCUGCUAACAAAGGUCGAGAAGUCACUGUUUAUGAUUUCAAUACUGUUUUCUCUGAGGCUUGGUACAAUGCUAUGACAGCAAGUAAUGUAAUUUCUGGAUUUAGAUGCACGGGUAUAUACCCUUUCAAUAGAAAUGCUGUAAAAGCAAGAUCUGAAAAAUUCCGUAGGUUCGAUCAAGAUGCUCUAUCAAAGGGGAGCAAGAUCAACUAUGUUCCUCUCUUCAGCCCCGACCGAGCUAGACACACUGACAGUAAUCUUGAUACAGAAGAUGAAAAUGAUAGCAGUUCGAGUGCUUCUUCUCCUCCUUUUGGUAAUAGCAGGUGCAACACACUCUCUCCCAUCCAACACAAAACUCUCAAAGAUUUUUUGGUCACACCUAAGGCACCAAACCGAGGAAAGGGUCCAGUGCCAAAGGGUAGGGUUUUAACAAGCCGGCAAAAUUUGCUUCUUCUAGAAGAACAGAAAAAAAAGAAACAAGAAGAAGCUCAGCUCAAGGAAGAUCGCAAGAAUCUCCGAGAAGAGAAACUGCGGCUUAAGAAACUGAAAGUAUCGGCUGCCACCAGAAAAGCUUCUAAAAGUGCUCGCAGCAGAAUAGCAACCAAAACUUCUGUCACUACUGUUGAUGAUUUUUCUCCUGAAGAAGAAGCCAGGUAUGAGAGGAGACGUGAGGAGGGAUAUGACAUUCCAGACCCACGCUACGAACGCUGGCUCGAAAUGACUGUAGACCCCAACAAUCUAGAAACAAGAAAGGGCCACUGUAAUGAUUCUAACAGUUCAGGUGACAACGAGCCGUUUCAAACGAAAGCAGUGUAUGGAGCUGCGUCCAAGGGGAGCCGUUCGGAGGAGAACAGUCUCUCUACUUCCCCUGUUAUCCCUAAACCCACUCAGACUGGAGGAAGGGGUAGAGUUACGUCCAAGGGGAGCCGUCCGGAGGAGAACGGUCUCUCUACUUCCCCUGUUGUCCCUAAACCCACUCAGACUGGAGGAAGGGGUAGAGCUGCGUCCAAGGGGAGCCUUCCGGAGGAGAACGGUCUCUCUACUUCCCCUGUUGUCCCUAAACCCACUCAGACUGGAGGAAGGGGUAGAGCUGCGUCCAAGGGGAGCCUUCCGGAGGAGAACGGUCUCUCUACUUCCCCUGUUGUCCCUAAACCCACUCAGACUGGAGGAAGGGGUAGAGUUACGUCCAAGGGGAGCCGUCCGGAGGAGAACGGUCUCUCUACUUUCCCUGUUGUCCCUAAACCCACUCAGACUGGAAGAAGGGAUAGAGCUGCGUCCAAGGGGAGCCGUUCGAAGGAGAACAGUCUCUCUACUUUCCCUGUUGUUCCUAAACCCACUCAGACUGGAGGAAGGGAUAGAGCUGCGUCCAAGGGGAGCCGUUCGAAGGAGAACAGUCUGUCUACUUCCCCUGUUAUCCCUAAACCCACUCAGACUGGAGGAAGGGGUAGAGCUGCGUCCAAGGGGAGCCGUUCGGGGGAAAACGGUCUCUCUACUUCCCCUGUUGUCCCUAAACCCACUCAGACUGGAAGAAGGGAUAGAGCUGCGUCCAAGGGGAGCCGUCCGGAGGAGUACGGUCUCUCUACUUCCCCUGUUGUCCCUAAACCCACUCAGGCUAGAGGAAGGGGUAGAGGAAGCAAUGAAGCUAUUCUGGUGAUGUGCUGCACAGACGGCACUUGCAAUCAUCCCAGAGCAAGUAACUGGGUCAGCUGUGACAGCUGUGACGAAUGGUUUCACUGUGUGUGUGCAGGUGUCAGAAUUAAUGAUGCUCCAAACACUGAAUUUAUUUGCCAUUGCUGUCAUGGAAUUUAGUUCUCUACUGGCGAGACAAGUGUUUAUUAUGUAUGAUUAUUGACAAUGAAUGUGUGUUUAUGGUGUGAUUAUUAUUGUGUUGUUUAUAAGCUUAAUCGCGAUAGAUGCUUGACCUUUGACCUCUCA